AUGAGUUUUUAAAGAUUUGUGCUGGAUGAAAAUGGAUUCAACUUUAAUCUGUUUCAUUUGUUAUGGCUUUAGGAUCCAAUAUUUAAAAAUAACAUUAAAAUUGACAUUCCAGAUACUAUUGAGAUUAUUUAAGGAUAACCAUAUUUCUGGUAUUAUAGCCAUGAUUCUUAAAUUAUGAGAAAAAGCAAAUCGAAACUUAAUUGGGAAGAUAUUCUAAAUGAAUUUGUUACAGAUAAAGAUGAUUAACUUUUAAUUUGUGCAAUUUGGAUUAAUAAGACUAAAAAUUUAACAACUUUUGAGUAUUUAUCACAACACUUAUUAUAUUAAAUGCUAACCUCCAAAAUAUCUGAUAACACAAAAGGAUAUCUAUAAAGAUUUGUUUAUCCAAAAGGUAUUUGAUAUAUAUAUAACAUUGAAUAGGUAGUUGUAAUGAAGUCAUUAAAUGUACAUGGACUAAUAACUUGUGUUUCUUUGAAUGUUUUUCAAAUAAAUAUCAAAUUAAUUUUUCUAAGGCAGAUAUAUAUUAAAGAGCAGUAACAUUUGAAAUGUUAAAUGGACCUAUUGAAUAACGAACUUUAAAAGGAACAUCUCUUACUCAAAGAUUAGAACUUCUAUGUGGAUUAAUUGUUUCUCAUGUAGCUAAUGUUACAUAAAAUUAAAAAUAAAUUUGUCAAAUGGAAGUAUUAUUUAAGAUAGCAAAAAAAAAUAAAGUUUAUUUAUUAUUUAGCUCAAAAGUCUUAACUUCAAAUAGUGAAUUAAAACAAUUAAAUUAGCGUAAAAUUAUUUCUUUAUUAUUUUAGCUCAAUUUGAAAUUUCAAGCAAAAUAUAAAAAUAACUAAUUAAUUACCCAAAAGCUAUUAUAUUAUCUGAUAAUUCUAAAUGUAUUGGAUGUGAUAAAGAUAAAAAUUAAAUUGAAUUUUCAAAAGUUCGCUUAAAGGAUAUUGUUGAAAAUUGGGAAAAUAAUGUUUUAACAAGAAAAUCUUAAAAUUAAAAAUUCUCUCGAGAUAAUAUCUUAAAAUUAAAUCAUAAUCUCCAUGUUGGUUAAGUUAAAAUUGAUUAGUAGUAACUAAUUCCACGAAUUAUCAAAAUUAUGUAUCCAAAAAUGUCAAUGGAAGAAUACAAAGAAUUCAAAAUGAAUCUUGUAUUUCUUAAUUAAAUGAUAUCUUUGUGUAAUGAAUGUUUUACUAGUGUUUUUAAUAAACAAGAAUAAUAAUCAAAAAAACAUACAAUUUUUAAAUAAAAUAUUAGAAAAAUCCAUAUGAAAACUGAAAUUGAUGAUGGAUUAGAUUUAAUCUUUAAUAUUCAUCCAAUACAAACAACUAGCAAUAAAAUAGAUUUGUUUUUCAAUUUCAAUGAAAAUAAAACUAUACUUAAUUAUACAAGUAGAAGAACGAAUGGAGAAUAUCUUCAAAUUCCAUAAAUAAAACAUUUAUCAAAAACUAUCGGAAAAGAAUAGAAUCAAAAUUAUUCUAUAUUUAAAACCAAUUAAUCAUCAAAACAAGAAUAAUAAAAUUCAAACUUUAAAGAUUUUGAAUGA